UCGGACGCCAGGGGCUUGUGCCACGGACUCCCCGGAAAUAUGCCCCAGAGCGGGCUCCUUCCUACGGCGGGCCCCUCCUAGGCUCAAGUUACAAACUCCUUGCCCUGGAGCCGGAGCCCAGGAUUCGACCCCGCGCGGGAGCCGGGUUUUGGGGCGCCACGCAGUUCCGACGGAACCUCCCGGAGAUGCUGCAAAUCUGCAAACGCGCGGGACUGGACGCGCCUCUCCAGACCGCGGCUAGAACUUGGGUGUUUUUUCUUUUUUUUUUUUUUCCUUUCUUUCUUUACUAUCAGCGCCCCGCCCACCAGCCGCGCGGUCUCCGCCUGCGUCCCGCCCUUGCCCAAGUUGGGCGGUGUUUAUUAUUGUACGAAUUCAAGCUCGGAUUUGCCUGGGAGUUUAGAAGUAGCGCUGCGGAGGCGCGCCUUUCGGGAGAGGCAGGGAUGUGCUGCUGGACUCCGGGUGCCGGGCAAGCUCCAGGCAGGGCUCGGGGUGCGGAGGGGGCGGUGCGCAAGGGUACCGGUGUCUCUUCCUCUGGGUCUGUUGGAGCGGGAGCCGAGGCCGGACAUCUGGCCAGAUCCAAGCUUGAAUUUGCCGGCGGCCGCGCGGGUCUGGGGAGGUUGGGUGACCACGGGAACUAUGGAACCGCGGCUUGCAUAUGCUGGGGCGCUCAGGUGUUUCCUUCACCCCAGGGUUGAAAGGGGUGCUCUGGGGCGAGCCAGGGAUCCAGAGAGAGGGCAGCCCCCAGCUCUCUCCUGGCUAGAGGGCCAUCCUGACCACCUAGGCUGGAGUCAGGCUGGGCUGGACGGUUGGCCUAAGUUAGAAAUGCAGCGCCCCGGAGGGAGGCCCGGGGCUGUCCCAGCGCCCGGCCUGGCGCUCCCUCAAGCCGCCCUGCACCCAAACCGGUUUUUCCGACCCUGAUUUUGCCUUCCUUUUGCGUGUGCCAAACUUACCCACUGCCCUACUGUCUAUCCAGACCUAACCCCAAAAGAUAGUUACUUUAUGGGUUCCCCAUUUUGGGGUGGGAUUCUCCUGUCUUUCCCUUGUUCAGGGGUGACCUGGCCUUUCCUAAGCAGAUGUGGCCUCUUUGUGACCCCAGCAGCAGACCUGCGCCUCCCCAGGGCACUACGGUGACUCUCACCCCCUUCCCAGCAGAGCAAGGUGGUGGGCCACCCCUAUACCCACCUGCCGCCCUCACCCCUCACUCUUUUCUGGGGGCAUCCCCACAGGGUUUAUUCAAUGAAACGCUAAUUCAAUUAUCCCAAGUGUUUUUUUUUCUUUUAAAAAUAUUCAGCAGAGAUCAUAAACAGGAACUAGUCCCGCUGAUGCCCCCACCCCCACCCCACAGCAGCAGUGGAGCAGGAGAGGGCUCCUGAACCCGCAUCAUUCAGGGUUUUUGAUUCAAAGCAUGACGUGGCUGAAUGUAAAAUGAGACAGGGUGGGGGUGCUUACACCCCAGGGUGAGUGGGGGGGAGUAGGUGGAGAGCAAGCAGGCUUCCCAAAUGCUUAAUGUAAUCACGGGCCAGCUGCGUGCACUUGUAAAGUUGUUAUAACCCCCCUCCUUGUUAUAAACAGGAAAGCGCAGAAUAUAAAGCAAGAGACCCGCAUUCACAAAUACCAGCUCUCCUGCGACAGCUGCCAAAUUCCCCUUUUAUGGUGUUCCUCAGUCCCAUCAGAAGGACCUUAGCUUCUCCCCACUGACCUCUCCAAACAGGGUUUGUUUUGAUACUACCCUCAACUAAGCUGUGGACCACGUACCCAUGCCCUCUCUAGCUCCCCAACACCCUGUGCCUUGGCUUCGGGGGAAGCUGGGCUCCUGGAGGGCCUCUUCUGGGUCGCCCAGGGAGCCCUGGAGAUAGAGGCUUACCCCCUCCUGGAUACCAACCCCCUCCACCACCACCCCGCCCCCCAGUGCCUCCAUCUCCUGCAGGGCAUCUCAAUGGUUUCUCCAAGGAGCAAUGCGCCCUCUGCUCCGGAGACUCCCAGACCUCUUAGAUAGACACGCCACUCCCUCCACCCAAAUAUCUAAAAGCUUUCAAAGACCUCAGGAGGCAUUUAUGAGUCGUGCCAUCUCCACAUCUAUGAGUGCAGAGAGAAGAAAAGAUCUUUUGUGGAAGGCUCUGGAUAACUGAGCUCCCCCAAGCCAGCCGUAAAACUCACCCCUGUGCCCCCCGCCCAUCCCCACCUCUCCUUCCUGGCUGGGCAGACCCCGCUUGGAGCCAGAGCCACCGCGGUCCACAUCCUGCCUCACUGACUGUGUGUGCUUACAGCGUCAAGGGGUGGACGUGAUAUUUCAAACAUCAGAUCAGUGCGUUUAUAUAUUGGGUGCCCGGAAAUUUUUCCAAAUAAACACAGCUUGAUUCAACUUGGGUGGGCGGACUUAUCAACAGACUAAUUCUAUAAACAAAUGAAGGAAUAGCCCCGAAACCGAUUGGCUGGUAUCAAAAAGACACGUGGAGGGAAAAGCUUGGAGUUUUUCAGCAAUGAAAUUUUAAUUAAUGUGGGUGGGCUGAGCACACAACGACUGUUUAUCAUAGACAAUUUAUUUUCCAGCGCUAAGUCAACAUAUAAUAGCAAACUUACAACAAUUAUUUAACAUUUUUAAAGCCAUGAAGGGACAGAGCACGGAGCGGCCAGGGAGAGCGGCAGAGCGGGAGGCAGAAGCACGGCGGGCUCCCCGGGAGGGCCCUCGCCGAGCGGGGCGCAGUCCCUAAGCCGCUGGGUCGCCUGCGUCGUCGCGGGGAGCGCGGGGCCGGCUGCCUCGCCAUGAGCCACCUCUUCGGGCCCCGGCUGCCUGCACUGGCGGCCUCACCCAUGCUCUAUCUGUACGGCCCCGAGAGGCCCGGGCUGCCUCUGGCCUUCGCCCCCGCGGCCGCUCUGACCGCCUCGGGCCGGGCGGAGCCCCCCCAGAAGCCGCCCUACAGCUACAUCGCGCUCAUAGCCAUGGCGAUCCAGGACGCGCCCGAGCAGAGGGUCACCCUGAACGGCAUCUACCAGUUCAUCAUGGACCGCUUCCCCUUCUACCACGACAACCGGCAAGGCUGGCAGAACAGCAUCCGCCACAACCUCUCGCUCAACGAGUGCUUCGUCAAGGUGCCCCGCGAGAAGGGGCGGCCCGGCAAGGGCAGCUACUGGACGCUGGACCCCCGCUGCCUGGAUAUGUUUGAGAACGGCAACUACCGGCGGCGGAAGAGGAAGCCCAAGCCCGGCGCGGGGCCCCCGGAGGCCAAGCGGGCCCGCGGCGAGACGCAGCAGCGCGGCUCAGAGGCGCAGCCCCGGGCCGGGAGCGGGGCGGGGAGCGGGGCGGGGAGCCGGGCAGGGCGGCGCGGGCCCGAGACCCCCGGCCAGGAGGGAGCGCCUGCGCGCCCCUCGCCGCUCCGGGACGGCUCCUCUCCGCCCGCGCCCCUCCGCUGGUCUGGGCCCGCGUCCCCGGAGGAGGACGCCGGCGAUGCUGUCCAGGGCGCAGCGGCCUUGGCCAUAGGCCAGCCAGCGUGCACGGUGGAUGGCGCGGAUGGCCCGGGGUCCCCCCCACGCCCCGCUUCCCACAGCUCUCCCAAGAGCUCCGACAAGUCCAAGAGCUUCAGCAUAGACAGCAUCCUGGCCGGCCGGCAGGGUCAGAAGCCUGCUGGAGGGGGCGAGUUCCUGGGGGGCGCCAAGCCGGGCCCCGGCAGCUGUCUGGGUGCCUCGCUGCUGGCCACCUCCUCAAGCCUCCGGCCGCCUUUCAAUGCUUCCCUGAUGCUCGACCCGCACGUCCAGGGCGGCUUUUACCAGCUCGGGAUCCCUUUCCUGUCCUAUUUCCCCUUGCAGCUUCCAGACACGGUGUUGCACUUCCAGUAAAGCAAACUGUGGCUGGCACAGGUCCUUCCUCUACCCUGGGCUGCGCUUGUGAGCGACCAGGGGUCCCAUUGCUGGGGGAAGGAGCCACGUUUUUUGAAAACAAGUAUCUUUUCUUCUGCAACGUGUGGAUCCUGGGAAGUGUUACCAACUUUUGUGCACGCAGGUGGGCACAGUCGCCUGCCUUCUCCCGAGGUGAGGCGGAUUUUUCCUGAACCUGGAGCAACUUCAGAGAUUUAAAAGACCCUGCCUGGCUAGGACUUGGGCAUCGCGGACCUCCUACCGCGAGAGCAGGAGAACUCCUUGGCCUUAGGUCAGUCUAAGGUUGUGAUCUUCCGCUACCCACUGCAGGUCGUACAUGUCCAGAGCAGCAAGGGCCCAGACAGCUGGAGAGCAGGACCAAAUGAAGCGGCAGGGUGGUUUCAAAAAGAGCCACGGUGGGACUGUGGUCAGCUCCGUUGUCGCUGUGGCUCAGGCCCUGGCUUUGAGUCCAUGGAGUGAUGAUGGGUGUCCACAGCUGGAUUUAUCCGUGAACUCUAGCUGUGGAAAAACCGGGAGCAACCUCUGUUUUUCAUAUUCUUUGGGAGACCUAGGGCCUGGUGAGGAUUUACAACCCAUGUCCAGGUGGAAGCUAAGAAACCACACUUUUAUUUUAAAUAGAGAAUCUCUCUCUCUCUCUCUUUUUUCUUCCUAGACAGUAAAAGGAAUAUGCUAUAUUCUUUGGCUAGAUGCUCGACUCUUUUCCUACAACAAUUGCCCUGUGAAAAUGUCUAUAUUAACAACCUUUAUUAAGAAAGUGCACUCUAUAUAAUAGCAUUUUGUUGCAUUAUGAUAGCUCGCUAGUCAGUACCCAUGAUCUCCAAGACAUGUUGCCAGCAUUAGCAGGCGUCCUGUCUUGUUGCUUUUGUUUUUAAGGGAUCAAAAGAUAGCAGAGGAGAACGGAAAUAUGUGAGGGGGAUGGAAGGUGUCUUAGACACAUAAGAUUUUCCAUUUGCAUGCUUUUUCAAGAUCUAGGUUUGAUUUUUUACUACAUUUUCCAGACCUGUGUACUAAAGGACCGCCUUUAUUCAAAAAACUUGGGUGAAACAAACAUAAAAAGCAGAUACUGGGAGAGAGGGGUCAUAUGGGGCAGAGGAAGGGAAUCUCCUGGUAUCUACUAGAGGGUGCCUCUCUGGACCCCAAAGAACAGGAGGCUCAAGAGGAGGAGAGGAGGAUUCUUUCAGACAUUCCCAGCUGAUGGCAUCUCAGCCUGCCACCCAGCUCCUCCCUCCAAGCCCCCACCCAUCAAGCCUAGAGCCAAAAGCUAAAUAAACACCUUGUGGAGGUUUCUGCAACAAAGAUCUGGUUAAGAAAAUGGAGAUUUUAACAGCCCAAUUCAGCUUGGAACUUUUGGGAAGUGCAUCUAACCUCUUAUAGUAUCUCUCUUUGGGUUCCCUUAGGUGGGAAACUGAAUUUCCUGAACCUCUGGGUUACUUUAAUUUUAUCUGAUGUGGGAAAGGUACAAUAAGUAAGUCAUGAGUUCUGGAGGUAGGCUGAAAUGGAUCUUCAAAAUAACUUUAAAAAUAAUUUCCAGGACUUAUAUAAAAAUGAACACAAACUUUAUGGCAAGAGACAGCCUAUUGGUUAGUAUACUCAAAAGGAUGUUUCGGAUAAGCAUAAUAAUUUAAUAGUUAGUAGGCACAGAGUUGCCUUUCUGAGGAUUUAUUCUUAGAGCCAUGUGCUACUGACUCAUAAGUUUCCCAUCCUACCCAGGUUGGUGGGAACAUUUUGGUGAGCUGCACAGUGUCCUUGAUUUUAAGAACUUUGAUGAGAUUCCCAUUGUUGAGAUCCAGGCUCACUGCGAUUAACCUACACCGUGGUGGAAGGGCUGUCAUGGGUAUUUUGUUAUCCCAAAGUCUCAGCCUCUGCAAAUAAAGUUGUUUUUUCAUUAACCUCUCA